AAAAAGUCAAGAAAAGUAUAUGACACUUCAUAUACUAUCUGGAUACCUAUUCAUAUAUAGUAUCUAAAGUCGACUCAUAAAAUACCUGGGUACGGCACAAGUUAAGUCCUUUUUGGCGGGUUGAGAAUGCAGCUACCCGCCUAUUUAAUCAACGCGUAAAUCAUCGACGCAGCUGCGCUAAGCGUCUAUCACAACAAUCCGAUUCCCAACACAUGAUACUAUCUUGAACUAAAUCCCACAUACCGAGUCAAGAUGAAGUUCUUUAUUGACGACCUCCCUAUUCUUUUCCCUUAUCCGCGCAUUUACCCGGAGCAAUAUGCGUACAUGUGUGACCUGAAAAGGACUCUCGAUGCCGGCGGUCACUGUGUCCUAGAGAUGCCUUCGGGCACCGGCAAGACCGUAUCGCUACUCUCACUCAUUAUCGCCUACCAGCAACACUACCCCGAGCAUAGAAAGCUCAUCUAUUGCUCGCGUACCAUGUCCGAGAUCGAGAAAGCACUAGCUGAACUCCAGGCCCUCAUGAAGUUCCGUGCCGAUGAGCUUGGUCACGUAGAAGAAUUCCGCGGACUGGGUUUAACCAGUCGCAAGAACCUUUGUCUGCACCCUUCUGUAAAGAGGGAAAAGAGCGGUGCCAUCGUGGACGCCAGAUGUCGUAGCUUGACCGCGGGCUUUGUCAGAGAGAAGAAGGAGAAAGGCGAGAGCGUUGAUACCUGCAUAUACCAUGACAACCUCGACCUCCUAGAACCUCAUGACCUUAUCCCGAACGGUGUUUGGACUCUUGACGACAUCCUGAAGUACGGUGAGCAGAAAAAGCAGUGCCCUUACUUCACUGCAAGACGAAUGAUGCAAUACUGCGAUGUAAUCAUCUACUCUUAUCACUAUCUGCUAGACCCAAAGAUCGCAGAACGUGUAUCCAAGGAGCUCUCGAAAGAUUGCAUUGUUGUAUUUGACGAGGCACACAACAUAGACAAUGUCUGUAUCGAGUCUCUAAGCACAGAUAUCACCGAGAAGUCACUGGACAGGGCUACAAAAGGUGCUCAAAGUUUAGAGAAGAAGAUCAGCGAGAUGAAGGAGACCGACCGAGAACAGCUAGAGAAUGAAUAUCAAAAGCUAGUCGAAGGUCUCAGGGAUGCCGAUGAAGCUCGUCAAGAAGAUACCUUCAUGUCGAACCCAGUUCUGCCGGAUGACCUGCUGAAAGAGGCGGUCCCCGGAAAUAUUCGCAGAGCUGAACACUUCACUGCUUUCCUGAAACGGUUUAUCGAGUACCUAAAAACGCGGAUGAAAGUCCGCCAGGUUAUCUCCGAAACUCCGCCAUCAUUCCUUGCGCAUCUUAAGGAGCACACCUUUAUUGAGAAGAAGCCACUGAGGUUCUGCGCCGAAAGGCUGACCUCGCUUGUGAGAACCCUCGAGUUUACGAACAUCGAGGACUUCCAGCCUCUCCAAGAGGUGGCCACCUUCGCCACUCUUGUCGCGACGUAUGAAAAAGGGUUCUUGCUGAUCCUCGAGCCAUUCGAGUCCGACACCGCCGAGGUCCCCAACCCGGUUCUACACUUUACGUGCCUUGACGCAGCUAUCGCGAUCAAGCCCGUCUUCGACAGAUUUAGCUCUGUCAUUAUCACAUCGGGAACUAUCUCACCCCUAGAGAUGUAUCCAAAGAUGCUGGGCUUCACUACGGUUGUCCAGGAAUCAUACGCGAUGACUCUGGCCAGAAAAUCUUUCUUGCCAAUGAUAGUCACCCGAGGUAGCGAUCAAGCCACGGUUUCUACUAGUUUUGCGGUCAGAAAUGAACCUAGCGUGGUCCGCAACUAUGGUAACCUCUUGACCGAAUUCGCCAAGAUUACUCCCGACGGCAUGGUCGUCUUUUUCCCCUCUUACCUUUACAUGGAGUCUAUUAUUAGCAUGUGGCAAGGUAUGGGAAUUUUAGACGAGGUCUGGAAGUACAAGUUGAUCUUGGUAGAGACGCCAGACGCCCAGGAGACCUCGCUCGCCCUAGAGACAUAUCGUACGGCGUGCUGUAACGGCAGAGGAGCAGUUCUUCUCUGUGUCGCUCGUGGAAAAGUUUCCGAAGGCAUCGAUUUCGACCACCAGUACGGACGAACGGUGUUGUGUAUUGGCGUACCGUUCCAGUACACGGUGUCACGUAUCCUCAAGGCUAGGCUGGAAUUCUUACGAGAAACCUACCGCAUCCGAGAGAAUGACUUCUUAUCUUUCGAUGCGAUGCGACACGCCGCCCAGUGUCUCGGUCGCGUGCUCCGAGGAAAGGAUGACUACGGUAUCAUGGUACUCGCGGACCGCCGCUUCCAGAAGAAGCGACUCCAGCUACCUAAAUGGAUCAACCAGGCCAUGCAAGAAGUAGAUGGCAACCUCAGCACCGACAUGGCAGUCAUCACGGCGAAGCGUUUCCUGCGGGACAUGGCGCGACCCUUCAAGUCUAAAGAUCAGGAGGGCAUCAGUAUGUGGAGUCUCGGGGACCUAAAGGAGCACCAGAAGAAAAUGGACGAGGAAAGGAUCAGAGAGCUGCAGGAGAUGGAAGAGGAGAAUAUAGCAGCAGAGGCUCUGAAGGCUCAAGCUUUACAGUCCUUCAAUGAGGACUACGACAUGAGCGACGAGGAGGGUAUGAUGGAGCUCGAUGGCGCCUAAUCGUACGUUGGAUAGUUCUUCGAUCCGAUCUUGUACCACUACUUGGCGAAUUGGGCGUUUGGGGAAUCCAUAGGAAAAGCAUACAGAAAAGCAGCCUUGCAUUACGAGGCCUUAGUUAAUUCACCCAUAAACUUGUUUAAGGCA